UUGUGUGAAAUUAAACAAUCCUGUGUGUUGUAUAAAAAUAAAAAUCCGAAGUCGAAUGCUGUAUUCAUUUGCUCCACUCAAUUUUUCCUGCUCAUGCCCAACCCAAAAUGAAUACGUCUCGCAACCAGCAGCCUCUUCUAUUCUUUGAGAAACUCCCCAGCUCCACAGCCAUCAACAUUUCGCAUUUUCCCAGCCUCCUUUUUCAAUCAAAGAUUCAAUUUUUGUUUAUUCUGCGUCAAAUGAGAAAUUGCCCGAGUUUCUGAAGUGGGUUAUUUAGCUUCUGGGAAAGAAAGGUUGCUGCUUUUGCUAGUAAUGAUGUCAGUGACAUGUAGUAAUCUCGAUUUUGGUAGAGCAAGAUUGGAUUUUGCAGCGUGUGGGUGCUCUUCCAGUGUUUCCACGAGAAAUUUCGGAAAGGGGCUGCUCAAGAAUGUGAAUUGGCGCCGCAGAUUCUUGGGUUGCCGGCGCGUGUUUUCGACCAAGACUCCGGAAGCUUUUCUCAAUGGGGUUGCUGCUGGUCCCCCUCCUGCACUGGACUUGGCUGAUGAGGAAAAGGGCCUUCCUUCAAUGUCGGAUAUGUUUGAAGUGGUUUCUGAAGAUUUACUGCAAUUGAAUAAGAAUCUGCAAUCGAUUGUUGGUUCAGAAAACCCUGUUUUGAUGUCUGCUGCUGAGCAAAUAUUCGAAGCUGGUGGGAAAAGAAUGCGGCCAGCUUUAGUUUUUCUAGCCUCACGAGCCACUGCAGAAAUUGCUGGUUUGAAGGAUCUUACCAAAGAACAUAGAAGGUUGGCCGAGAUCAUCGAGAUGAUCCACACUGCAAGUCUGAUUCAUGACGAUGUAAUAGAUGAAAGCGAUAUGAGGAGAGGAAAAGAAACCGUCCAUCAAUUAUAUGGCACAAGAGUGGCUGUUCUUGCUGGCGAUUUCAUGUUUGCUCAAUCAUCGUGGUACCUGGCAAAUCUCGAAAAUCUUGAAGUUAUCAAGCUUAUAAGCCAGGUUAUUAAAGAUUUUGCUAGUGGUGAAAUAAAGCAGGCAUCAAGUUUGUUCGACUGCGACGUUCGCCUUGACGAGUAUCUAAUCAAGAGCUACUACAAAACAGCCUCCUUGAUUGCUGCUAGCACCAAGGGAUCCUCGAUUUUCAGUGGGGUUGACAGUUCCAUCAGCGAGAAGAUGUACCAGUAUGGUAAGAAUUUGGGGCUCUCGUUCCAAGUCGUCGAUGACAUAUUGGAUUUCACUCAGUCAGCAGAGCAGCUGGGAAAACCGGCUGGGAGUGACCUGGCAAAGGGAAACCUUACUGCUCCGGUCAUAUUUGCACUUGAGAAAGAGACGAAGCUCAGAGACAUCAUUGACUCUGAAUUCUGUGAGACGGGCUCUCUUGAGGAGGCCAUUGAGAUUGUCAAGCACAGCGGGGGGAUUGAUAGGGCUCGGGAGCUGGCUAGAGAAAUGGCUGAUCUAGCUGUUGAGAAUCUCCACUGCCUGCCCCCGAGUCCCUUUAGGCUAUCACUGGAACAGUUGGUGAACUAUAAUUUGGAACGGAUAAAAUGAAGACGUGUUGCUCAGGCGCGCAGCAGUGUGUUGUAUGCUGGAUUCUUGAUCAUCACAGAAUGAAAUUGUGCAUGAAAGCAGGUCUAUGGUGUAUAUUUAUAGGAAAUCUUGAACAAUAUUGGUGUAGCAGUUGUAACAUUGUUAAGGUCAUUUUCGGACAAUGGCCUAUAGAAGAAACAUACAUUUGUUCUUCAUCAAAUGGGAAGCUAAUAAUAUUAUGGAAUGAUUGUCAUUUCAAGCA